AAACCGCAGUCGCCAAAACUCUAUGAAAAUCGUGAAAAAUUGCCAAAUGGUUUGAGAGGUUGGUAUGUACAUAGACUUCUUGUAAAUGCUGUUGCAAUGUGGGCUUCACCUCGUUAUGCUUGGUAUAUUUACAGACUUCUUGACGAAAUUCAUAGACAAGAACGUGAAGAGAUGGAAAAGAAACUUCAAGCAAAAGAUGAAGUCAUUGAAGCAAAAGACAAAACCAUACAGAAAAGAAUACCACGUUCGGUACCAAAAGGAAAGGAAAAGAACUAUAAGUAUAUGAUUUAUACUGAAGAGAUGGAAAAUGAAGAAGACAGAGAUAUGGUUAUGUUGCAUUUAGUCAGAAGAAACAACAAAAGCUUUUACGACCUUGCUAAGAUUUACAAAUCUGACAGAAAUUGGUUCUAUCGCGAAAACUUACCGAUUUCAAUGACACCGAAUGAAGAUGUUAAACAGAUAGUUCAAGAUACGUUACCUCAAACACACUAUGAUAUGAAAGGUUGUACAAUACUUACCUUCAAAGAAGAUUUGCCAUUGUUAAAGGAAAAAAUAACAGAGUAUUUCGACAACUUCAAACAAGUAGGGUAA